AUGACUUUGAUAGAAGGAGUAGGCGAUGAAGUUACAGACUUUUUCAUAGUUGCAGCAGUAAUAUUAAUCGGCUACAUAGCAUGGUGCUCCACGAAUAUUUCCGAGCAACCGUUGAUCCGGACUGUUUUGAUACUCCAGCACAGAACGCGAACAAGAAUCGCAGAGCUCAGGGCGAACACUUCAAGAAUUGACACCAGGAACUCUAGUGCUGAAGAGUCUAGUGAAGAGACUAUUGUACAGAGUGACAGUCCUGACAGCAGCAAUGAAGCUGAACAAAAUUGUCCUAUUCAUAAUGGUCCAGCUACACCAGAAGCAACUGGCUCAUUAGCAACAGGAACUUCUGAACAAGUAUUGAUAGAAGCUAUGGAUUCAUUAAACGAAGAUACGAAUUUACUGCACAGACCCGUUAAAUUACCAUCUAGCGACACUACCAAGUCAGAAGAAACUGACCAGUCAGCUCCAUCUGAACCAACAGACAGUGCUCAAGAAACUUGCGAUGAAGACAAUGAAAUAACAAUCAAGUUGAAGUUCAUCAACGACGACCAAAAAAUAGUAACUGGCCGCUUGAAGGAAAUGUUGAGCGAAUUUAAAAGACGCCCAAAAGCGAGUCCGCCUAGUGUUCAACGGCCAAGUUCUGCAACCAGACAGCGAAACUCUAGAGAAAUGCGGACUAUUCCACAACUGCGUGGUCCACUGUUUAGUCCACCAGCCUCUACUACCGACCCCUUCGCAUUCGACUUCCUCCCGGUAUUCGGGCAACAGCAACCCCGCGUUCCAGAACGUGCCCAACGGCGACAGCGGGAUCAGUUCCCUGCACCAGGAGUGGGACCUCAGUCGACUGCUAGUCAGUAUUUUGACCAUGCUGCUAGCCUUUGCGUGGUACUGCAGGUAUCACUACACUCAGCUGUUCACAGUGUCGACCACUUUAGCGCUCUACGUCCUCACUGCGCUGUUCACUCUCGCUCUCUUCGGCAAUUUCUUUCCGGACCAAGAAAGCUUAAGGGAAGUCGA